AUGCCACCUUCAACGAUGGCCCAGGGGCCACAUUCCAGGUUGGGCGACAACUUCAACGUCAAACGCGGUCAUACGACCCAGCUCUCGAUAUCCGAUCCCAGCCACCACGUCACCGAAGCGAUUGGAACCAUGUACGGUGAUGAAGACGACUCUCCCCAGGAGAGCAACCGGCCUCUCAGCUAUAUUGAUGACGGCUAUCAAGAACAGAUCGGGCUUCACAGCACUCACUUCGGGUCGCACUCCAGUACCGGCAGGCAGCCACUCAAACGCUCCGUUACCGAUCAUCAAAAUACGUCACAAACUUCAUACAACGAUCAAGGGCUCAAAACACCACAGACCUUACAUCUGCUCAACUCGGCGCACCGAUCGAGUUCUUUGGAACAGGGUGCACGUGGACAGCCACCAUCUGUGCCAACCUCACCGGUGUCUCUUCGAGAUGUCCAAGCAGACGCCUCUGGCUCCCAAUUCCCGCUAACAAAUAUCGAUAACCCUAGUGAUAUCGCUCAGGAACUCAGCAACUUACAGGCGCUGCGCCGGUUGUCCAUGGAUGUGGGCAACCGAGUUGAUCCAGACAUGCCUAUGACGCUGUCUUCGAUCCCUUCAAUAGCACCGACAGGCAAUGAUGACGAGGAUGACCCAUCGAGGUUACUCUGGGUUCCGGCCAGAGUGCAUCCGGAGUUGGCCCCGUCGGAAUUCAAAUCAUUCCUAGAGAAUAGAGUCAACUCCAUCAGACGACGCUCCGGCGAGAGCCAUCUGUCUGUAGAAGGAGAUAGGGGAAGCAGCGAAUCGAGCUCUUUGCUUCGUAGGAAGUCCAUGCUUUCUCGCCAAAUAAGUGGUUCAGGGGCAGAGGGCUAUAUGGAUGGAGCCGAGCGAUUAGAACGUCAAAGAUCACGACGGGGCAAUCAGUCCCUUGAGCUCAGUCUGGAAGAGCUUGUCAAUGAUCCUGCUGGGGUUGUGCAGAGGCUUUCAGAAGAAACACACACUCAGUAUGGCGACUCGCAAGACAAUCGGGACGAUAUGCCAAUCCUACCCAUGGCUCCUGGAAUGGGGUUGCGUCGAUCAACGCGAACGACUUAUCGCAAGGGUGGGAGCCUUCGCAAAGGCGAUCGAGGGACCGUGUCACGGCGUAUUACAAGCCGUCGGCAGGAAAGCCAGAGCUUGCCAAUGGCCAGCCCUCCUCUACAAGGUGCGCCAAGAGACCAGGACUCGGUGCGAGCUCAGUCCGAGACGGUUCAUGAAAAUUUCUCGAGACCGAACCGCGCUGUUCGCCGCCAGAACAAAUUCUCACAAGAAUCUCCCGCCGCGCUCGCAGCACUCGAAGGCACAUCUCUCAGCCCCAGUAUGUCCAAUGACGCAAACAUUCCUGGCGAAGAAGAAGCGGUCCUGGCUCCCGAGCCAUCUUUACCUCCAACGAUCUCCAUCACGGAACAACCAUCGUCUCCUGCCUCAUCAACUCAUGAGACACGAGCUACGGAUGCUUUCCCCCAAAGAUCCUCGUCUCAAAGGAACGCUGCCAGUGACGGCGCUCAGCUCAACACUGUCCAGGAAGAGGCUUUACCGCGCAGCAGUCGCGAUACGGGAGUCAACCAUGGAAGCAAAGUAUAUGGAGUGCAUCAUCAACAUCAGCAGAGCGUACAAGCACAAACUCAGCAACACCAAACUCAGAAGAAGUCUCUGCAAUCCCAAAAUCAACAGCAUCAACAGUAUCAGCACUCCUCAGCUCAGUAUACACCAAAGUCACCGCCGCAAACGCCUCAGUCGCAAACUCUCAGCGAAGGUCUGGCUUCGAACCCCAGCUUGCCAGGUGGCGGUAACACCAGGACCGACGCUUUAACAUUUAUUCCUACACUUGGUCCAGAUGAGCGCAAGAACGAGAAGAAGUCCAAGAAGGACAAAGAUGACGAUGCUUCUAGCUUCAAGUCGAGUGGUGCUUGGAAGUGGCUUAAAGGUGUGACUGACGACAAAAAGAGGGACGACGGUAAAAAGUCAAAGGCCAAGGCGCUCGCAGAAAAGAUUCAAGACAACGCCAGAUUGGAUGUUCUUCAAACUUCAAUCGAUAAAACUGCCCCCAAGGCGCGGGAAAGUCUUGUACUGGACCGUGAGUCUUUUGAUGGCAAGCUGCAAGAGGAAAAGAGAAAGGAGGGUUUGAGAAAAGGCGAUUCGAAAAAAGAAAAAGACGGCAAUAUUUUUACAUCCAUCUUCGGCGGGGGCAAGAGAAAGGAAGAGAAGGAGAAGGAGAGGAGCACCAGGAAGAACUCACUGCUUCAUGUGCCGGAUGAGCCCAUCUACAAGCCGCUCCAGCCAGAUGUUGACUAUAACUGGACAAGAUUCCCUCUUCUGGAAGAGCGCGCGAUUUAUCGUAUGGCACAUAUCAAGUUGGCCAAUCCUCGCCGACCGUUGCUCAGCCAAGUCCUCCUCAGCAACUUCAUGUAUAGCUAUCUGGCCAUUGUGCAAGCUAUGCACCCGCAGAUGAACAUUCCCGUUUCCCCACAACAAAAGCGGUUGGAGGAGGAAGCCAGACGCAAGCAACAAGAACAGGAAUAUCGUGCGCAGCAAGGCAUGAGUGAGGAGGACCAACAGAACAUUGAUCAGUAUGAUUUCGACUAUCACCGGUCUACCAUUCAGUACGCAGAAUCUGGAAACGAAGGCUCAGUUGACUACGUCGAUGACGCUCAAAUCUAUGAAGAUGAUCAUGGAGAUAGCCAAGAUCACGACUAUGAUUAUGGCGACUCCAAGUCAUAUGACAAAGGGGAUAAGGACUACUAUGAAUAUCGCGAAAAAUAG